CUCACACUAAGUACCAGCAAAUCCCAAAACCAAGUAGCAAAUCCGCCCGCCACUAGUGACGAGAGACAUCAGUGAUUGGAACCUUUUUGACAAGAACGUUUUAUGAUUGUUCAAGAAGUGUAUUAUGAUGUUAUGAGCCACGUGAAUAAAAAACAUACUGUUUAGUCACAUUUUGUCGACGCUGAGCCCCGCAGUUGAGGAGAUGAAACCUUUCACAAUUCAAGAUUCGUCCAGCUCUCGUCGGAUUAAAAUUAUUGCUAAAAACCUUGCUGAUGUCAUCAAUAAAGGCAUAGAGAAGCUGAAAAUUCCUGCAAGGGAGGAAGUCACAGUUGUUCUUGAGAAUGACGGCACUAUUGUGGAUUGUAGUGACUCCUUGAGGAGUCUCCCUGACGAUACGGCGUUGGUCCUUUUACGAGCAGGAGAGGACUGGAGAGGGGCGGGCGACCAGUUGUAUGAGGCCCUUGAAAAGUUCAGCAUGUCAAAUCUCAAAAUGGAAAUAACUAAGAGGUUUCACAGACGGGUGUUGGAUGGUGGAAAAGCAUACCAGAUACUCAACUCUCUCUCUUUUCUGGAGGAGAGUAGUGAUGAUUUUGAGAAGGAGACGAGAAGUGAACACAAGGAGUGGUUUGAAGGUCUCAACGAGCAAUUCCAGACAAAAACCAAAUAUAUGAGGAACCUUGCUCAAGGGAGGACCCGCAGUUAUUUAAGAAAAGCCAAAGAAAACUUCGAUAAAGUAAAGGACCGGACCACCAAGGCUCAUCUCCAACGUUUAUCGGAGAAACUGCGUUUACAACUAAAUAAAGCGGAAGCUCAUGGAGACUACUUUGACCGCACCGUCCCCAGAAAACAAAAUCGGAUGUGCCAGGAUUCCGGAAUGUUCUUGUGCGAGGGCCCUUAUGACUGUGACCAAUGUCCCACGGCACACAGUAUCAACCCCUAUGUAUCCAAGCGCAAUAGGAUGCUGUUCAACUUAUGGAAUCUGGAUCACAUAUAUGAGAAGUCUCGUGCGGUCAUCCCCACAGUUCUGAGUGCGGCCAAGAACAUUCCAGAAGGCCACCAGUUAUCGUGUAAGGAGGUGUACAAGUAUCUGUUCACCCGCCAAAACCUCAAGCUGGUGGAGCUUAGCUGUCACAAGAAAGAGGCUCGGGAUCAAGUCCUACGAGAAGAUGAAUUCUAUGAAUCAGCAGGGAAUGAUAGUGUACGUGCUUGAAAAUGUAGUUUAUGUUACUGUCUCUCCCCGUAGUAUUAUGCACUCCGCAUAAUUUGGCAAAAUUUGAUCAUUUUUUUUUCUCAUAAUUUCUGAUUUUUAUCCUUUAUCAUUUUUUGUUAAAAUUGACAGAAUCGCUUAAUUUCACAUUUUUGGGCUCAGUUUUCAUAAUUUCAGAAUUUUUCUUGCUUAAAAUGACGGGGACAGGUUACAUGAGAAUGUAGCGCUGACACGUCAUGAGGAAGCGUAGUUUACACACAGGAGGAAGUGUUGGGCACGUAGUUGAAAAUGUCGUGUUUGCUCAUGAGAAUGAAGUGUACGUACCUGAUGGAAGUGGAGUUUAGAUUUCCACGUACUUGAAGAAGUAGUAUGUGUACAUGUUUAGACGGAAAUGUGCAGUGUAUGUGUACCUCAGCAAGUGUAGCAUACUCUCUUGAUGAAGUGUAGUGUUUGCACUUGGACAAGUAGUGUAGAUGUCUAUGUGAGAAUACAGUGUUGGUACUUGAUGAAGUGUAGUGUUUGCACUUGGACAAGUAGUGUAGAUGUCUAUGUGAGAAUACAGUGUUGGUACUUGAUGAAGUGAAGUGUCUUUUAAUUGACAGUACACACUGAAAUUUAAUGUAUGUAUUUGAUGAAGCGUAGUGUACGUACUACUUGAUGAAGUGAAGUGUCUUUACAAUAUGCAAUGAAGUAUAGUGUAUUUAUUUGAUAAAGCGUAGUAUAUACAUACUUGACAAAACGCUGUGUGUGUACUUGAUGAAGUGAAGUGUCUUUUAAUUGACAGUACACACUGAAGUUUAGUGUACGUAUUUGGUGAAGCGCAGUAUACGUACUUGACAGAAGUGUAGUGUGGGCCUUUUUGGCUAAGACCAAAUGUAGUAUCUCUUCCCGACUUUUCCUCUGGCCUUGUGCCCCCUGGUAAGCCGGAGGGACACUGCUGAGGCUGAUGAGGCCUGGAGAAAUCCGGGCCUCGAUUAUAUCUAGUGGAGGGAUUACCGUCCUCUUAGUAAAAAAAAGACAAAA